AUGAUGUCAGCGGCCAGCGGGGUGCAACAUAUUCGUCUUCGUCGACCUGAACCCGUUUCCGCGAAGCCACAACCUCGACAUACCGGAAUUCUUCAAGAUCAACUACGCCGAGCUGCACGGAGACCAUGGAAUCCGAGCUUCUCCCUUGCCGUCCGAAUCCUGCUCUUAGUCCGUUUUGCUGGGGCAAUGUACUCUAACAUUGACGACUGUGAUGAAGUUUUCAACUUCUGGGAGCCCCUCCACUUCUUGGACCACGGUUAUGGUUUCCAAACUUGGGAGGUCUCUCCUCAAUUCGCCAUUCGUAGCUGGGCAUACAUUCUUCUGCAUUUGCUACCUGCACGUAUAUCCAGGGUAGUCGGUGCCGGAGACAAGCGCAUUGCAUUUUUCGCGGUCAGAAUAUCUCUCGCAACCGUGUCUGUUCUUGCAGAGGCAAAGUUUUACCGAACGGUUUAUGAGAAAAUCAACGAGCGUGUUGGCCGCUAUCUAUUUUUCAUGAUGCUAUCCAGCGCUGGAAUGUGGAACGCAUCUGCUGCAUUGUUGCCUUCUUCCUUUGCAAUGUAUACCACGACAUUCGCGUUUUCGUACGCGUUAGCUCCUGCUAGUGCACAGAAUAAUCACAGGACUUUGGCAGCAACAGUCCUAUUUGCAACCGGAGCCAUUGUGGGUUGGCCAUUUGCUCUCGCUUUGGCUAUACCAUUCGUUUUCGAAGAGCUCUUGGUCUUCGGUGCUGAUCGGGUAGCACCGGAGCUAUACUUCUCAUGGAUGGUCAGACGAUGGAAGCGACUCUUCUCUGCGGGAUUAACCGCUUCGUUGGUGUUUAUACCCGUUGUCCUCAUUGAUAGCAUUGCAUAUGGCAAACUUGCGGUUGUGCCAUGGAACAUCGUCAAGUACAACAUAUUUGGAGGAACAGAUCGUGGACCUGAGCUCUAUGGAACUUCUCCGUGGAACUUCUAUCUCCUCAAUCUCGCGCUCAAUUUCAAUGUCCUUACCGCAUUCGCCGUCUUGUCCUUACCUUCACUUGCAAUCACCUACAUCGUCGACCGCAAGCGUCUCGGGUUAAUCCAACCAUCAGCAGACCAAAGCUCACCAUUCACCGUCCUUGCACUCCGACUCGCUCCAUUCUACCUCUGGACUGCCAUACUAACGGCUCAACCUCACAAGGAAGAACGUUUCAUGUUUCCGGCCUAUCCUCUUUUGUGCUUCAAUGCUGCGGUCACUUUGUACCUCGUCCGAGGUUGGCUUGAGACUGCAUUUAUUUCGGUGACCAAAUCGCCUUACCGGGCUUCGCAAUCGAUGAUCUUCAGAACAUUCACGCUCUCAGUGGUACUGGCGUCUGGAGCUAUAUCCGUCUCACGCAUCCUCGCGCUCACUUUCUACUAUCACUCUCCCAUGACUGUCGUCUAUAAUUUUCAAGCUCAAGAACUCCCCAGACUCCUGAAUGAAACUGGCCUUCUCCCUGUGUACCCACCUGACACACCGGAAGAAGAUAUUCCACGCAUUGAUCUUUCUCCCGUCAAGCAAUUCAAUCUGACUCUCUGCGUCGGCAAGGAGUGGUAUCGCUUCCCAGGGCACUACUUGGUUCCUGACGGUGUGCGGGUGGACUUCGUCAAAAGUGAAUUUGAUGGGCUUCUCCCUGGACACUUCGGGGAAGGGGAGCUGCAUAAAGCAGACUGGGGACAAGUUGCUGGGUGGUGGAGUCAGCCAGCCAGUUGGUAUGGGUGGUAUCGCUCAGAGACUCGUUUGGUUCCCGCUGGUUUGAACGAUCUAAACCGAGAGCAACCCUCAUUCUAUGUGUCGACACGCGCAUGCGAUUAUAUGCUCGACCUCGAUCUACCGAAGCAUCCUCGCGCUUCCCAACUUGAGCCUCGUUACGCUGUGGACUCCAAAACAUGGGACAGAGUGCAUUGUGUCCCAUUCCUGGAUGCUGCACAUUCCAAUUUGCUCACCCGGACGCUGUGGCUGCCCGGGAACUGGCAGAGCCUCAAUGAAUAUGGCGACUACUGUCUGUUGAGGAAUAGGCAGCAGGUCGAGAAGAAGGAAAAGCUUAUCCGAGACAAGUUUUACCCCUCCUCGUCGCUCUGGAUGGAGCCAGCGCUUCUCUCCGUCCAACUUGAAAAGAGAUCUUCUGAGAAGGAAUCAUCCAACGGUCUGGUCAAUGCUGACUGGCGAGGAUAUUUUACCGGACCCAAAGACAUCGUGGAUGUAAUGCGGUUGCAUUGUCUGAUCCGUGACCUGUCACGGUCUUCGGCUUGCUCUCAACGCUUUCCCGUCCUGCUAAAGAACGCGUUCUUUGGCUUUUCCUUCCCCAUUUCGUCUCGAGCGCGGACCCAUAUCCCGGAGGUACCAUGUCCGAAACAUCGUCAGCUCUGGUUUGCUUUAUUCUCUUCACCAUUCACCCCCCUCUCAUUUGUGCAGACCGAGCUUCCGGACGACGAUGAGAUGCAAGGUGUCCAGGAGGCGCCAAUCCACGAACUGGCUUACGAACGCUUACGAUCUCAUUUGGACACGCUCAAACACAUCAUUGAUACCACAAACGUACAUCCGACCUCUAGAGAGGAAGCAGAGCGGACAGUGAAGCUUUUGGAGAAGGAGAUAGUCCCGCUGCAGCACAAGGUCGCAAUAAUUGGAAGAACUGGUGCUGGGAAAAGUACUUUAGUGAAUGCACUCCUGGGGAGUCAGCUGUUGUCUGCCUCGGCAUCCGGUGCCUGCACCGCCGUUGCGACCGAAAUUUCCUACAAAAACAUCAAGGAUCCAGAAGCGGUUGUUGAAUUUAUCACGGCAGAGCAAUGGGAAAAGGACCUCGGUCUUCUGUUGGAGGACGUGAAAGAUACAACUAUAGACCUGGAAGAAGACACAACGGAGCAAGCUGAAGCUUUUUCGCCCUCUUACCAGGCCAAAGAAAAACUGAUCGGCAUAUACCCACAGAUCGUUCAGAUCCCUGCAGAGAGAUGGAAUGCUGAAGACAUGCUACAAGACUCUGUCGUGAAUGCUUACUUGGGGACUGAGAAGGUUUUUCAUGCGGGGGAUUCGCAAAACUUUCAAAAAGAGUUAGAGCAAUUUUUGGCUUCGGCAUUCACAUCCAAUGAUUCCCGUGCUUUAUGGCCACUAGUGAAACGGGUGCGAAUUAUGGGUGCCUUCGAGGUGCUAUCGACAGGUAUAACACUUGUCGAUUUGCCUGGCUACGGCGAUGCCGACAAUGCUCGAGAUCGCAUGGCCAGUGAAUACCUCACAACUGCGGACGCCAUCUUUGCCGGCAUCACCAGGGCCAAAGAUGACCGCGAAAUUCACUCACACUUGCAUAAACAUUUGAACCAGUUGAUUCUAGACGGUCGUGUGCGAGACAAAUCCAUAUCUCUGGUCCUGACCGGCGCUGAUUCCCGCAUUGGUAGCAAUGAGAUCACAUUAACCCCUAAGGAGCAAAGCGUAGUCGAUAGCCUCAAAUUGCAAGCUAUCAAAUUGGGCGAAGAUGUGGAAAAACUGAGGGACAAGAAGCGAAAGAAGGAACAAUCCGCGAUUGCCAACCAGAAGAAAAAAGCCGACGCCCUCAAGAAAUACCAGGACCAGCUCCAAACAAAAGCCGCUCUCAAGGUAGAAAAGACCAGGACAAUGAAUAAUCUGUUAGCUAUCGGGCGUGCAAAGAUCGUCAAAAGUCAGCUCAAGAGCAAAUAUACGGAAAUCUACGAAGCGCUCUCCUCCUCGAAAGACAAAGCCGUGCCUAACAUCCCGAUUUUCUGCCUGGUAGGAAGUCGAGACUACCUAUGUUGCAAGGGACUCGAUCCCAACGAACCGGACAUCUUUUUUGACGAAAAGGAGACGGAAGUUCCUGGGUUCAAGGAGUAUCUGCAGAAUGACGGAGAGCGCCGUACCCUUCAGGCCGCCCGUACGAUGCUCGCGCUAUUCUGUGGCUUCCUCGUCGGCGCUUCGACAGCGAAAGAGCCCAUAAAAACCGAGUCCAAGGACCAGAAGGCUUCCAAGAAUCUCGGUGCCCAUAUUGAUGCUCUCGAACGUAAUUGCACGAAAGCUAUCGAGACUUUGGUAUCGAGGCACGACGCCGCUUACCGGUCUCUGGGCGCCGCUGUCAAGACGGCGGUUCAACAAGCGGAAGAAGAGGCUCCUGGAAUCUUUGACAAGCUCGAGGAGAAGAAAUGGAAUCAAUACCGGUCUAUGAUGCGGCAGAUGGGCCACUACGAGGGCGGCAAUCUGAACGAGGACUUGACACACAACAUCCUCCCGGCCAUUUCCAAGAAAUGGAACGACACGGUUAAUGCGACCAUCCCGCUCAACAACGUGAAUUUCCGAGAGGAGAUCAAGGCCCAUGUGCUGAGUUUUCUGCGCGAUAUUGCACGGCUUGCUCCCAAUUUCAACCAGAAGUCGCUGGCUUUGGAAGGCCAUCUCGACCAACUUGAAAAGUAUAAUCUUGUUGCGACGAGUUCCGCUCAACGGCUGGGUACUCGUGCAUGGGAGUCGUUAAUUGAGCAAGAACUUACCCCGCAAUACAACCGGAUCUCUGCUGAGAAGGGUUCUGGGAUGUACAAACGGAUGAAGUCCAACCACGCCUUCAUUCGUGCUUCCGCCCCCCAAAUAUUUGGUAAACUGAAUACCUAUAUUGCGGAUAUAUUUGGCAAGGCGGUCACGAGUAUACGGACCAGUGACACCCAGCAGAUGAAUGCCUUUUUCAGAAUCCUGCGGAUGAACCUGGUAGGCGCCUCUGUGGCCCCAAAGGCCAACACCGGGGACGCGCUGCAGGUGUUUGCCGCGUCGCACGAGGAGGAGUGUGAGGUGCUGCUGGACAAGGUAAAGGAGCGGCUGCAGGUGCUUACCGCCAAGCUUGCAUGA